AUGUCAGAAUGUGAUCCUGAGAUGGACGUGUUCUUCGUGAUCUGGCACCACAAGAUCACCAUCUUCACGGCCCAGCCUUGUCUGACGGUGCUUUCCACGUGGCAGGGUGGUCCUAGAACAGUAAUCAAGCAGCAGGUGCUCACGUCUGGAAGGGACCGUUCCUGGAACUUUCAACAAAAUGAUCCUGAUCCCAAAGUGGCCAUCGUCAUUUCCGCCCUCGUUGGACUGGCAGGAAAUGCAAUUGUGCUCUGGCUCCUGGGCUUCCGCGUGCGCAGGAACGCCUUCUCGGUCUACAUCCUCAACCUGGCGGGAGCCGACUUCCUCUUCCUCUGCUGCCACAUUAUAGACUCCGUGCUGGUGCUCGUCAAGUUUUUCUAUCCCAACACGAUCUUCCUCCCCUGCUUUACCACUGUGAUGAUGUUCCCCUACAUCGCAGGCCUGAGCAUGCUCACCGCCAUCAGCAUCGAGCGCUGCCUGUCGGUCCUGUGCCCCAUCUGGUACCGCUGCCGCCGCCCAAAGCACACGUCUUCUGUCAUGUGUGCUGUGCUCUGGGUCCUGUCCCUGCUGUUGAGCAUCCUCAACAGGUAUUACUGUGGCUUCCUGGAUAAAAAAUAUGAGAAUAACUCAUGUCUGGCAUCGAAUUUUCUCAACACAGCAUGCCUGAUUUUUUUAUUUCUGACUCUCUUUGGGGCCAGCGUGGCCCUGCUGUCCAGACUCUUAUGUGGCUCCCAGAAGAUGCAGCUGACCAGGCUCUACAUGACCAUCCUGCUCACGGUGCUGGUCUUCCUCCUCUGUGGCAUGCCCUUUGGCAUCCACUGGUUCCUGUUAAUCUGGAUUAAGAUUGAUUUCAAUACACUGUCUUUUGGUGUGUAUCUGCUGUCAGUUGUCCUGUCCUCUGUUAACAGCUGCGCCAACCCCAUCAUUUACUUCUUCGUUGGUGCCUUUAGGCAGCAGCUUAAGAAGCAGACCCUCAAGCUGCUUCUACAGAGGGCUCUUCAGGACACCCCCGAGGAGGAUGAUUGUGGAAGCAGCUGUCCUCAGGGAACCCUGGAAAUGUCAGGCAGCAAAGUGGAGCCAUGAUGAAAAGCCUCUGGCCUGGCUGUCAGAUGUGACUUUGGGACUCAACACUGCCUGGCUUCAAAUGACACUUGUCUGCUUUUCUGUGGGUUUUAUGCCCCUGAAAUGCCUCAAUGAUUCCCCAGUGUCUUUAAGAAGAUUAUUUGAAUGUGACUUUUCUAAUUUUCCUAAGUUAAAAGCAUUAAUCUGAAAAUACACUAUCUCCAUCAUCCUUGAUAUUACCAAUAAACUUAUCAUGUUAACUUC